AGAUUGUAAGUGAGAGGGGGAGAGAGAGAGAUGAUUGGGAAAUAGAGAUGGUGGGUUGGUGCUGAUGAAUGCCAUUCAAACCAGAAAUAAUCGAAAAGAACGGUCUAAUAGGAGCCAGAUAGAUUCUGUUGAUGGGGAUGGAUAAAAGGCAGAGAACCUCCCUGCAGCAAACAAAUGUUAUAAAUAGGCCAUUUCAGCUCCUCAUAAGCCACCGUGACCGUGUCAUAGCAUUCCCUCAUCGAUACAUAUCACCCGGUCGAUAUAAGAUAUCACCAUAUACAAUCCGCUAGGAAGACAAGGAGAGUCCACCAAGCAAUCGAGAAAGAUGCCAAGGGACAGGGACAGGGAGCCGCUUGUCGUGGGGAGGGUGAUCGGGGAUGUGUUGGACCCCUUCACUAAGUCCAUUUCUAUGAGGGUUACCUUCGGUAACCGGGAGGUCGCCAAUGGUUGCGAGCUCAAGCCCUCCCAAGUCGUCAACCAGCCUCGGGUUGACGUUGGUGGCAACGAUCUCCGCACUUUCUAUACCCUGGUUAUGGUAGACCCCGAUGCACCGAGCCCAAGCGAUCCCAAUCUACGGGAAUACCUGCAUUGGUUGGUAACUGAUAUUCCCGCGACAACAGGGGUAAACUUUGAUGGAAUUGCAGGGCAAGAAGUGGUGUGUUACGAAAGCCCAAGGCCAACGAUGGGGAUCCAUCGAUUCGUGUUCGUACUGUUCCGUCAGCUGGGAAGGCAGACUGUUUACGCGCCGGGGUGGCGCCAGAACUUCAAUACCCGGGACUUCGCCGAGCUGUACAACCUCGGAUUGCCCGUCGCCGCCGUUUACUUCAACUGCCAGCGGGAGAGCGGCUCUGGCGGACCGAGGAGACAAUGACAAAUUAGACAAUAUUUACUGUGUCACUUUCGCUGAUCUUAAUCAUCAAAUCAAAUAAUAAACAGAAACUAUUAUUAUAAUCGACACCACCAAAAGUCAUAUGUAUCACACAUAUAUAUAUAUAUAUAUAUGAACAGGAUGGACUUUGGUCGUUA